UUUGUCUGCAUUAUCCAUUCUCUUUGGUCUUCUAAAGUUCAAACUCUCGAGGCAGUCAAGUAAACAUUUUUGUUUUUCCGCCAAACAAUGGCGGCAGCGACAGCUCUCAAUCUAUGCCGUCCGUGGCAAUCGCCGCCGACUCAUAAUCAAUUCAUCACCAAACCACGACCGUCCAUUCGGCCUCCUAUCACCUGCUACGCCGCUAACAAGUCGAAGAGGGAGUACACAAGCGUAAUGAUAGUGCCAACGGGAGUGGGGGCCAGCAUCGGAGGAUUUGCCGGUGAUGCUCUGCCUAUUGCUCGGGUCUUAUCCUCCGUCGUCGAUUGUCUUAUUUCACAUCCUAAUGUUCUGAAUGCAGCAAUGUUAUACUGGCCCAUGCCUAAUGUAAUGUACGUUGAAGGUUAUGCUCUGGACAGAUUUGCGCAAGGCUUAUGGGCUCUGCAACCUGUUCAUCAAAACAAGGUGGGAUUGGUUCUUGAUGCUGGAAUAGAAGAGCAUCUUCGGGUCCGCCAUUUGCAAGUGGCUGAUGCCACAAGGGCUUCCCUUGGAUUGCCGGUUGUUGAGUAUGCUGUCACUGACACCCCUUUAGAGGUGGAAAAGUGGGUCAAUCCAACAACUGGGCAAUCAACAGGCAGGAUUAAACACCCUGAUUCAUUACUGCGGGCUGUUGAGAAUUUAGUCAAACGAUCACAAGUGGAUGCUGUUGCUGUUGUUGGGCGCUUUCCAGAUGAUGAAGUGGAUGAUCUUGAUGACUAUCGACUUGGAAUUGGAAUAGAUAUAUUGGCAGGAGUAGAGGCAAUAAUAAGUCAUCUUGUGGUGAAGGAAUUUCAGAUACCAUGUGCACAUGCGCCUGCAGUAUCUCCCCUUCCCUUGACCUCAUCCCUUAGCCCAAAAUCAGCUGCUGAGGAGAUAGGAUACACAUUUUUGCCAUGUGUCCUUGCGGGACUUAGUAAUGCACCACAGUACUUGGUUAAAAACCCUGAGUCCUUGGCAAAGGGUUGUAUCUUGGCAAGCGAUGUUGACAGUGUUAUUCUGCCAGUAGAUGCUUGUGGAGGAGAUGGUGCUCUUGCUUUUGCUAGAAGCAAGAGAAAUAAGCCUCUGAUAAUCUGUGUGGAGGAAAAUGAAACAGUUCUAAAUGAUACUGCUGAUAAACUUGGGAUCAAAGUGGUCAGGGUCUCAAACUAUUGGGAAGCUAUAGGUGUUGUUGCAGCUCAUAAGGCAGGAAUUGACCCAAAUUCUCUUCGUAGAAACAAAAUACGCAACAUUCAGUGCUUGUCUGAUGUUCAAGCUAAUGGCUUUGCAGUUUCAACAGCCUCAUCCGUCACAUAAUGGUAAAGGUAGGGAAAAUCUCCAAAGAAAACUGAAGAAACAACAUAUUAAAUGAAAUCAUUAUUUGAUUUAUACAACCGUGGAAAAAGAGUUUUUGCCUCUUCGGAGUAUCUUUUCGGUUAGACCUCAGGGGAAUAAAUAACCUGCUUACGUUGAAUAUUGUAUAUAUAUAUAUGCCGUAAUGCUUGAGGAUUGUCUGAAGGUGAUUUCCAUAUCCAUGAUAUGAGGUGAUGUGAGGUGGGUAAUUGGGUUGAAAAAGAGCAAGUGCAAAAUUUCACUCUGAGUUACCAAUUUUUGAAAGAAGCUGUGGUAUUUGGAUUACAAUGUUGUUCUGUUUUUCUUAGGAACAAAACUAUUGACUAUUGACUCGAGUGUUGAAAAUUUUGAUUGCCUAGGUUCGGUUUAGGCAUGUCUCAACCCUACCCAAAUCCUCGUUUUGUAUAUCUUGAAUACGGAUGUAACGCUAUCAUAGCAAUUAUCUCAUUUUUCCCCCUUAUACAUAAUUUAUUGUAAAAUGCAGCAAUUAUAACAUACUAGAAUGAUUCCCCCCCU